CAUGAAGCUAUGUCCAAUCAAGCCAGACAGCAUCCAUGACUAGACAUCACCACACUGACCCAUAUCAAUUGCACUUGCGAUUUUGACGGCCCAAAGGGUUCAUUAUGGUUCAUUGAGAUGAAGCCAGUUUGCUUAAUCAUCGGCGCCGGUGCCGGCAUUGGUGGCUGUGUUGCCAAACGCUUCGCAGGCGGUGGCUAUCACGUGGUAUUGUCCAGGAGAUCGGAUCAGGAUGGCCUGGAUCGAUUGAUCAAGGAGAUCCAACAGCAAGGUGGUUCCGCCACUGGACGUUUGGCCAAUGCAGUGGAAGCCGGUGUCAUUGAGAACUUGGUGACCGAAGCAGCUGAAAUUGGACAGAUCGAGGUGCUUAUUUUCAACUUGGGGGCUCAAAUUGGAACAAGAACCUUAGCUCAAACAUCUCUGAAACAAUUUGAGCUGGGCUGGCGGAUGGCAUGCCUGGCACUCUUUCGUGCAGCGCAAGCAGCAAUGCCAAGCAUGGUCAAGAAUGGAAAAGGCUGUUUUCUUGUCACGUCCUCCACAGCUGCCGUGCGCGGGAAUGAGGGACAGCAUGCCCAUGCAGCAGCGAUGGGUGGCAGGCGCAUGUUGUGCCAGACGUUGAAUGCAGAGUUUGGGCCCAAGGGCAUUCACGUGGCCCACAUUGUGGUGGACGGAGCUGUAGAUGCCCCUGAUACACUUGGCAAGCUGAUUGGGCCAAAGAACUUUGCCCAGUUGCGUGACACCGUCGGAUCCAGAGAUGGCUUGCUGGAUCCCAAUCAGAUUGCCGAAAGCUACUGGCACUUGGCCCAUCAACAUCGGUCUGCCUGGACACAUGAGAUGGAUCUGCGGCCAUGGUCAGAGCUGCCAUGGUGGAAUGAUAAGCCACUGCCCACCGCAAAGAUUUAAAUGGAUUGCAGUGAUUGCAGUGGAGAAAAGCGGCCGUAAG